AAUAGUUCUCAAACAUAAAGUCAAGAGUUUUAAAUCUGUAAAAUUCCUAAACUUUCUCAAAGUAAAUCCAACCCUAAGACGCGGCAAGUUUUUCCGACCAAGUAAAAACAAAAACAAAAUGGCGCCAAUUUUGAAACAAACAAACCCUACUUUUUCUCCCCAAAAUACCCAAUUCCUCCGAAAUUCGAUUCACCAAAUUGAAGAUAAGAUCUUUCCUUCUUCCUCAUAUCGCGGCCUCCGAAUUGCAGUACUACUGCUACCAACUGUUUUUCAAGCAUUAGCGAUUUCGGUUCAUAGUGAACCACACCACAACCAGUACAAAGAAAAAGUUUGAGAUUGCCCUUUCGAUGAGUUAAAAGAAAGCAUAAGAGCAACAAGCCAGAGGAUAGGAUGGCAAAUUACUAUGAUAUUGAUGAUAUUUUGGUGGAGGAAGAGAUUGUGUCGGUUAAAUUUCUGAAGGAAGCAUCUGGAGUGGGAAUAGAUCCCAGUUCUGAGGCAGACUUUAUUGAAGUGGAUUCAAAAGUUGAACUGCCUUUUUGGCUGGCUCAUGAGUUGCAGUUGAGACAAGCAGUAUCAGUCUAUGUUCCUCUUUGUUUCAAUCAAAAAACAAGACUAGAGAUCCAAGCUGAUUGUGCAAGUGUGGAUCUGAGGUCCAGAUGUCCAUACUUCUAUGAAUUUGGUUGCAAGAUAGCACCCAUAGUUGGCGAUAGAACCAUUGGAGUUCUGUUGUUGUCUGCAUUUAGGAAUAGGUACAAGGAGAUCCUCACAAAGGCACACACUGCAGCAAUUGCUGCUGGUUCUAAAUUUUGGACUAUUCUAACAAAUGAGGAGAUCAAUUUGUAUGAGACAGCUCAAUCUGCAAUGGCAUCCUUCAAGAAGUGGCGAAUGGGGGGCCCCAGAUUUCAGAUAGCUUCUAUUCUUGGAAGAAAGAGAAAACCAGCUGAAUAGUUGAUUUCUAACCUUAUCAGAAAUCUGUUUAUGUUAUGUUUUAGACCUGCAAAUUACAAGAUAUUAAUGGAUACAAAUAUCAACUUGCUGAUGUUAAUCUUGUA